AACAUUAUAUGUGUCAAAGUUUUAAGAAAGAGAGAAACAAUGAAGAUAAAGGUAGUUAUUGAUGUGUCUGUGAAUGGAUGUCAACCUCGAUCAAGUUUGAAGAAUUGUAUUUUAGGGUGGUUGAAGCCAAUGGUACCUUGCUUAUUUAAACAAACUACUUGCAAAAAUAAAGUCAUGACUAUAGCAGCAACUUUACCAGGAGUGGAGAAAGUAAGUUUAGAGGAAGAAAAGAAUUUGCUGACAGUGAUAGGAGAGGGAAUAGAUGCAGUGGAGCUGGUUAAUAUAAUUAGGAAAAAAGUGGGAUUUGCUAAAAUAGUGAACCAAGGUCCAGAGCCAGUUGAGAAAAAAGAAGAAAAAGAAGAAAAAACACAAGAGAAAAAAGAUGAAAUAGUGGUUAAUUCAUGUAAUUGUCAUAGUUAUUAUAAUAAUAAUAAUAAUAGGAUAAUUCCUAGGGUUGAAAUGUGGGAAGUUAAUCCUUAUACUAGCUACUCAUGUUGGUGAUGCAUAUCUUUGAGGAAAAAUAAGAAAGAAUUAUA